UAUGCACGCGACAGUGUGAGCAGUGUGUCAGAUAUAUCCCAGUACCGUGUUGAACACUUGACUACCUUUGUUCUGGAUCGGAAAGAUGCUAUGAUAACUGUCGAUGAUGGAAUAAGGAAGCUGAAAUUGCUUGAUGCCAAGGGCAAAGUGUGGACUCAGGAUAUGAUUCUUCAAGUGGAUGACAGAGCUGUGAGCCUGAUUGAUUUGGAAUCAAAGAAUGAACUGGAGAAUUUUCCUUUAAACACAAUCCAGCACUGCCAAGCUGUGAUGCAUUCAUGCAGCUAUGAUUCAAUUCUUGCCCUAGUGUGCAAAGAGCCAACCCAGAACAAGCCAGAUCUUCAUCUGUUCCAGUGUGAUGAGAUUAAGGCAAACCUAAUUAGUGAAGAUAUUGAAAGUGCAAUCAGUGACAGUAAAGGAGGGAAACAGAAGAGGCGGCCUGAUGCCCUGAGGAUGAUUUCCAAGGCAGACCCUGGUAUACCACCUCCACCAAGAGCUCCUGCCCCUGCGCCCCCUGGGACUGUUACCCAGGUGGAUGUUAGAAGUCGAGUGGCAGCCUGGUCUGCGUGGGCAGCUGACCAAGGGGACUUUGAGAAACCAAGGCAGUAUCAUGAGCAGGAAGAAACACCCGAGAUGAUGGCAGCCCGAAUUGACAGAGAUGUGCAAAUCUUAAACCACAUUUUGGAUGACAUUGAAUUUUUUAUCACAAAACUGCAAAAAGCAGCUGAAGCAUUUUCCGAGCUUUCUAAAAGGAAGAAAACUAAGAAAGGUAAAAGGAAAGGACCAGGAGAGGGUGUUUUAACUCUACGUGCAAAACCCCCUCCUCCGGAUGAAUUUGUUGACUGUCUCCAAAAGUUUAAACAUGGAUUCAACCUUCUGGCCAAAUUGAAGUCUCAUAUUCAGAACCCCAGUGCUGCAGAUUUGGUUCACUUUUUAUUUACUCCAUUAAAUAUGGUGGUGCAGGCAACAGGAGGGCCCGAGCUGGCCAGUUCAGUACUCAGUCCCCUAUUGACUAAGGACACAAUUGAUUUCUUAAAUUAUACUGUGAAUAUGGAUGAACGGCAGCUGUGGAUUUCAUUGGGAGAAACUUGGAUGAAAGCCAGAGCAGAGUGGCCAAAAGAACAGUUUAUUGCACCAUAUGUUCCACGGUUCCGCAACGGCUGGGAGCCCCCAAUGCUGAACUUCAUGGGAGCACCAAUGGAGCAAGAGCUUUAUCAGUUGGCUGAGUCUGUGGCAAAUGUAGCAGAACAUCAGCGCAAACAAGAAAUAAAAAGAUUAUCCACAGAGCAUUCCAGUGUAUCUGAGUAUCCUCCACCCGAUGGAUAUGCAUUCAAUAACAACAUGUACACAAGAGGGCCCCAUCUGGACCAAGGGGAAGCCGCUGUUGCUUUUAAGCCAACUCCUAAUCGCCAUGUAGAUAGGCAAAUACUUGAUGAUAGGAAGCAGUGGUGGAAAGUUCGAAAUGCAAGUGGAGACUCUGGAUUUGUGCCAAAUAACAUUUUGGAUAUUGUGAGACCUCCAGAAUCUGGAUUGGGGCGUGCCGAUCCACCUUAUACACAUACCAUACAGAAACAAAGGAUGGAGUAUGGUCCAAGAGCAGCCGAUACGCCCUCGGCUCCAUCACCUCCUCCAACACCAGCUCCUGUUCCUGUCCCCCUUCCACCUUCUGCUCCAGCACCUGUUCCUGUGUCAAAGGUCCCGGCAAAUGUAAUCCGUCAGAACAGCAGCUCCAGUGACAGUGGUGGCAGUAUUGUGCGAGAUAGCCAGAGACACAAACAACUUCCAGUGGACCGAAGGAAAUCUCAGAUGGAGGAAGUGCAGGACGAACUCAUCCACAGACUGACCAUUGGUCGCGGUGCCGCUCAGAAGAAGUUCCAUGUGCCACGGCAGAACGUGCCAGUUAUCAACAUCACUUACGACUCCACACCGGAGGAUGUGAAGACAUGGUUACAGUCAAAGGGAUUCAACCCUGUGACUGUCAAUAGUCUCGGAGUAUUAAACGGUGCACAACUUUUCUCUCUUAAUAAAGAUGAACUGAGGACAGUCUGUCCUGAAGGGGCCAGAGUCUUUAGCCAAAUCACUGUACAAAAAGCUGCAUUAGAGGAUAACAAUGGCAGCUCUGAAUUGCAAGAAAUCAUGCGAAGACGACAGGAAAAAAUCAGUGCUGCUGCUAGUGAUUCAGGAGUGGAAUCUUUUGAUGAAGGAAGCAGUCAUUAAUUUGUUUGUUUGUUUUUAAACUCCAUUAUUCUUGGCAUUAUUCCAACAUGCUUUGUUUUAAGAAGCCUUAAAGGGAAUGUCAGAUUCAUUUUUCUUGGGAUAAUUUAUCACCAUAAAAAA